UUUCUUGAAGUUUCCCCCUUCGUCGUUUUGACAGUUCGGUUUCUCCGCUCAUUCCUCUAUUUCGUUUCCUCCCUCACUCAACUCUUCUCACAGCAUCCAUGGCGGUUUCCGAUCUCUCAUUUCUCGCUCUUUGCGCUCUUAUUCCAAUCAUCUUUCUAUUCUUCCUUAAACUCAUCGUCCGUCCUCGCCCUAUCAAAAUCCCAAUCAAAUCCCGUCACGUAUUGAUCACUGGCGGAUCCAGCGGCAUCGGCUUAGCUCUAGCUAACCAAGCCGCUGCUGAAGGUGCUCGCGUUACUAUCUUAGCACGUAACCUUGAGAAGCUCGAGGAAGCCAAGGCAUCUAUCCGCCUCUCAACUGGCAUAGAUGUCGCUAUUGUGAGUGCUGAUGUAUGCGACUUGGAAGCUGUUAAGGAAGCAGUGGAUAGUGUAGGUCCAAUCGAUGUUUUGGUUUGUAAUCAAGGCGUGUUUGUUGCUCAAGAGCUUGAGAAUCAGGAGAUGAAGGAGAUUAGAGACAUGAUUGAUAUAAAUCUGAUCGGGACUUUUAAUCUGGUUAAGGCGGCGUUGCCGGGUAUGAAGAGCCGGACUGAUCGGAAACCAGUUUCGAUCGCAUUCAUGUCAUCUCAGGCCGGUCAGGUUGGCAUUUAUGGGUAUACAGCAUAUUCAGCUAGUAAAUUUGGGCUAAGGGGUUUAGCAGAAGCUCUGCAACAAGAAGUGAUUGCUGACAACAUUCAUGUUUCACUUAUUUUCCCUCCAGACACAGACACACCUGGUCUUGCAGAAGAGAAUAAAAGAAAGCCACGUUUGACAAGCAUCAUAGCAGCAUCAUCAGGUGCAAUGAAAGCGGAUGAGGUGGCAAAAAAAGCAUGGAGUGGGAUAAAAUCUGGGAGUUUUUUUGUCCCAUGUAAUUUGGAAGGAUUCAUGUUGUCAGUAGCUACUGCUGGUCUUUCCCCUCAAAGAUCAUAUCUCAUGGCUUUUGUUGAAGUUAUUUCAGCUGGUUUGAUGCGUGUUGCAGGGUUGUGUUUUCAAUGGUCAUGGUAUGGAAGCAUUGAAAACUUUCAUGCCCAACACAAAUAGAUGAUGAUGAGUUUUUAUCUUGUAUUAUGAGUUUCAGAACACCUUAUUAUUAUU